AUGGACAAGGAGAAUCAGAGGAGGAGGAAAAUUGAUACAGAGGUGAACAAUGGGAUUCCACCACCUAUCAAAAUGGAGUCGGAGGGAACCAAGCACAACGAACCAGAACAGAUGGUUCUACGGAAACAGGUUGGCUUGUUCAGUGGUAUCAGUCUCAUUGUGGGGACAAUGAUUGGCUCUGGAAUCUUUAUCUCGCCUAAAGCUGUUUUGUCGAAUACUGGAGCAGUGGGACCUUCUUUGAUUGUCUGGACAGCUUGUGGAGUCCUAGCAACAUUAGGUGCACUUUGUUAUGCUGACUUGGGAACAAUGAUCACAAAAUCAGGAGGGGAAUAUUCAUAUCUCCUGGAAGCUUUUGGUCCAAUUCCUGCGUUCCUGUACUCGUGGAUGUGUAUAGCCGUUGUAAAACCUUCAUCAUUUGCUAUAAUCUGUCUGAGUUUUGCAGAAUAUGCAGCAAUUCCCUUCUAUCCUGGCUGUGUGCCUCCACAGAUAGUCACCAAAUGCCUUGCUGCAGUUGCUAUUAUUUUAAUCACAUUAUUGAACUCGAUCAGUGUCAAACUGGCUAGCCAUGUUCAGAAUUUUUUAACUGCUGCCAAACUGCUAAUUGUUGCUAUUAUCAUUGUGGCUGGAAUUGUUCUAAUUGCACAAGGAAAUACAAAGAAUUUUGAAAAUUCCUUUGAUGGAGCCCAAACCUCCUUUGGUUCUAUUAGUUUGGCAUUCUAUAAUGGCCUUUGGUCUUAUGAUGGAUGGAAUCAGCUCAACUUUAUCACAGAGGAACUGAGGAAUCCCUACAGAGAUUUACCACUAUCCAUCAUCAUUGGUAUCCCUUUAGUCACUGUAUGUUACAUCCUGGUUAAUAUUGCAUAUUUCACCACGAUGACUCCCACAGAACUUCUGCAGUCUUCUGCUGUUGCUGUGACUUUUGGUGAUCGGGUCCUCACACCGGCCUCUUGGCUAGUUCCACUCUUUGUUGUAUUUUCUACCUUUGGAGCUGCAAAUGGUUCCUGUUUCACAGCUGGCAGACUUACGUUUGUCACAGCCCGUGAGGGCCAUAUGGUUAAGAUUUUGUCAUACAUCAACAUCAGACGUUUAACACCUUCACCUGCUCUCAUAUUCAAUGGCAUUCUAGCUAUUAUCUAUAUAAUUCCAGCAGAUAUUGACACCCUUAUAAACUACUUCAGCUUUGCUUCCUGGAUCUUUUAUGGACUGACCACACUCUCUCUGAUUGUCAUGAGAUUUACAAGAAAAGAUCUGAAAAGACCAGUAAAGGUCCCCAUAGUUCUUCCGAUUGUGGUCACUAUCGUCUCUAUCUACUUGGUUAUUGCUCCAAUCGCUGGUGCUCCAGAUUGGGCAUACUUGUAUUGUUCACUAUUUAUUGUCGGAGGACUGAUAUUUUAUGUCCUGUUUGUUUACUAUCACUUUAGCUGGACUCGCAAAAUAAUGAGGCCCAUUACUAAACAUCUGCAGCUGUUGAUGGAAGUAGCACCAGCAGAGACUGGACAGUGA